GGGGCCAAGAUGGCGGCACGGGGCGCGGCGAAGGCGGGGGCCGGUGGGAGCCGGGGGAUGGUGGGACGCUGACCCCGCCCCCUGCUGCUGCCAGUCUGCGCCGGGAGGCGGUGAAACCCGGAACAUGGCGACUGUAGCGCGCAGCUUUGGGCCGGAGCGGGAGGCCGAACCGGCCAAGGAGGCGCGCGUCGUGGGCUCUGAGCUUGUGGACACGUAUACGGUUUACAUCAUCCAGGUCACUGAUGGCAAUCAUGAAUGGACAGUCAAGCACCGCUACAGUGACUUCCAUGACCUGCAUGAAAAGCUUGUUGCACAGAAGAAGAUUGAUAAAAAUCUGCUUCCGCCCAAAAAGAUAAUUGGGAAAAACUCAAGAAGCUUGGUGGAAAAGAGGGAGAAGGAUUUGGAGGUCUACCUCCAGACACUCUUGGCUACCUUCCCUGGCGUGGCCCCCAGAGUGCUGGCCCAUUUCUUGCAUUUUCAGUUCUAUGAAAUAAAUGGCAUCACUGCAGCACUGGCCGAGGAGCUCUUUGAAAAAGGAGAACAGCUCCUGGGGGCCGGCGAGGUCUUUGUCAUCAGGCCCCUGCAGCUCUAUGCGGUCACCCAGCAGCUGCAGCAGGGAAAGCCCACGUGUGCCAGCGGGGACGCCAAGACUGACCUUGGGCACAUCCUGGACUUCACCUGUCGCCUUAAGUACCUAAAGGUUUCUGGCACAGAAGGACCUUUCGGGACCAGCAACAUUCAGGAGCAGCUCCUGCCUUUUGAUCUGUCAAUAUUCAAGUCUCUUCAUCAGGUGGAGAUAAGUCACUGUGACGCCAAGCACAUCCAGGGGCUGGUCGCAUCGAAGCCCACCUUAGCCACGAUGAGCAUCCGCUUCGCAGCAACCUCGAUGAAGGAAGUCCUCAUUCCUGAAGCCUCGGAAUUUGAUGAGUGGGAGCCAGAAGGCACAGCCCUGGAAGGCCCUGUGACUGCCGUCAUCCCCACAUGGCAAGCACUGACCACACUGGACCUGAGUCACAACAGCAUCUCUGAGAUUGACGAGUCUGUGAAAUUGAUUCCAAAGAUUGAGUUCCUGGACCUGAGUCACAAUGGAGUGCUAGUUGUGGACAACCUGCAGCACCUGUACAACCUCGUGCACCUGGACCUGUCUUACAACAAGCUGUCCUCCUUGAAAGGGGUUCACACCAAACUGGGGAACAUCAAGACUCUGAACCUGGCGGGGAACCUCCUGGAGAGUCUGAGUGGCCUGCACAAGCUCUACUCCCUGGUCAACCUGGAUCUCAGUAACAACAAAAUCGAGCAGAUGGCGGAGGUCGGGAGCAUAGGCAGCCUCCCGUGCCUGGAGCACGUGCUCCUGCUGAACAACCCGCUGAGCAUCAUCCCCGACUACCGGACCAAGGUGCUGGCCCAGUUUGGAGAGCGGGCCUCGGAGGUCUGCCUGGACAACACAGUGACCACAGAGAAGGAGCUGGACACUGUGGAAGUGCUAAAAGCGAUUCAGAAAGCCAAGGAGGUCAAGUCCAAGCUGAGCAACCCCGAGAAGAAGGUCGGUGAGGAUUGCCGGCUCUCACCUGCCCCCUGCAUCAGACCCAGCAGCUCCCCUCCCACCGUGGCUCCCACAUCUGCCUCCCUGCCCCAGCCCAUCCUCUCCAACCAAGGAAUCAUGUUUGUGCAAGAGGAGGCCCUGGCCAGCAGCCUGUCGUCCACCGACAGUCUCCCUCCCGAGGACCAGCCCAUUGCCCGGGGAUGCUCUGAUUCCUUGGAGUCCAUUCCUGCGGGACAGUUUGGGACACAGUGUGACUCCGGCACAUUCACUGUGGCUGCUGCUGAGGGUUCUGGAACUUCUUCAUGUGUCCUGGGAAGAGAGGAGGAAGGCAAGUGUGAUGCACCUUCUGAUGACAUGCCAGGAGCUGUUGGCGGUGCAAGUGGGGAGCACGCAGAGCCCGAGGUGCAGGUGGUGCCUGGGUCGGGUCAGAUCAUCUUCCUGCCCUUCACCUGCAUCGGCUACACAGCCACCAACCAGGACUUCAUCCAGCGCCUCAGCACACUCAUUCGGCAGGCCAUCGAGCGACAGUUGCCCGCCUGGAUCGAGGCUGCCAACCAGCGGGAGGAGGGAGGCGGGCCUGGCGAGGAUGACGACGACGAGGACGACGAGGAUGUCGCUGAGAACCGCUACUUCGAAAUGGGGCCCCCAGACGUGGAGGAAGAGGAGGAGGGAGGCCGGGCGGCGGAGGAGGAGGAGGAGGACACCGAGGAGGAGCGCCUGGCCCUGGAGUGGGCGUUGGGUGCGGACGAGGACUUCCUGCUGGCGCACAUCCGCAUCCUCAAGGUGCUCUGGUGCUUCCUGAUCCACGUGCAGGCCAGCAUCCGCCAGUUCGCCGCCUGCCUCGUGCUCACCGACUUCGGCAUCGCCGUCUUCGAGAUCCCGCACCAGGAGUCCAGGGGCAGCAGCCAGCACAUCCUCUCGUCCCUGCGCUUUGUCUUCUGCUUCCCGCACGGAGACCUCACCGAGUUCGGCUUCCUCAUGCCCGAGCUGUGUCUGGUACUCAAGGUGAGGCACAGCGAGAACACGCUCUUCAUCAUCUCGGACACCGCCAACCUGCACGAGUUCCACGCGGCCCUGCGCGCGUGCUUCGCGCCGCAGCACGUGGCCAUGCUGUGCAGCCCGGUGCUCUACGGCAGCCACACCAGCCUGCAGGAGUUCCUCCGCCAGCUGCUCACCUUCUACAAGGUGGCGGGCGGCUGCCAGGAGCGCAGCCAGGGCUGCUUCCCUGUUUACCUGGUCUACAGCGACAAGCGCAUGGUGCGGACAGCCGCGGGGGACUACUCGGGCAACAUCGAGUGGGCCAGCUGCACGCUCUGCUCGGCCGUGCGGCGCUCCUGCUGCGCGCCCUCCGAGGCCGUCAAGUCCGCCGCCAUCCCCUACUGGCUGCUGCUCACGCCCCAGCACCUCAACGUCAUCAAGGCUGACUUCAACCCCAUGCCCAACCGCGGCACCCACAACUGUCGCAACCGCAACAGCUUCAAGCUGAGCCGCGUACCACUCUCCACCGUGCUGCUGGACCCCACACGUAGCUGCACCCAGCCCAGGGGUGCAUUCGCCGACGGCCAUGUGCUGGAGCUGCUCGUGGGCUACCGCUUUGUCACCGCCAUCUUCGUGCUGCCCCAUGAGAAGUUUCACUUCCUGCGUAUCUACAACCAGCUGCGGGCCUCCCUGCAGGACCUAAAGACCGUGGUCAUCGCCAAGACCCCUUUGACUGGGGGCCAAUCCCAGAGGCCCCUCGUGGACGGCCAGCCUGCUAAGGGCAGAGCCAGAUGCAGCAAUGACCAGCGUCCCCAGGAGGCCCCAGCAGAGGCUCCGGCUCCAGCCCCAGCAGAGGCAGCAAUCCUGGCCCCAGUGGAGGUCCCUGCUCUGGCCCGGGCAGAGGCCUCAGCCCCAGAGGAGACCCCAGCUCCAGCCUCAGUGGAGACCUCAGCCCCAGCAGAGGCUUUGGCACAGGCUGAGGUCCCUGCCCAGUACCCAAGCGAGCAGCUGAUCCAGUCCGCCUCGGAGGAGAAUCAGAUCCCCUCGCACCUGCCCGCCUGCCCAUCGCUCCGGCACAUUGCCAACCUGCGGGGGAGCGCCAUCGUGGAGUUCUUCCACAGCAGCAUUGCUGAGGUGGAAAACGAGGAGCUGAGGCACCUCAUGUGGUCAUCAGUGGUGUUCUACCAGACCCCAGGGCUGGAGGUGACCGCCUGCAUGCUGCUCUCCACCAAGGCCGUGUACUUCGUGCUGCACGACGGCCUCCGCCGCUACUUCUCAGAGCCACUGCAGGAUUUCUGGCAUCAGAAGAACACUGACUAUAACAAUAGUCCCUUCCACAUCUCCCAGUGCUUUGUUUUAAAACUCAGCGACCUGCAGACAGUCAACGUUGGGCUUUUUGACCAGUAUUUCCGGCUGACGGGCUCCUCCCCAGUGCAGGUGGUGACAUGCUUGACUCGGGACAGCUACCUGACACACUGCUUCCUCCAGCACCUCAUGGCCGUGCUCUCCUCCCUGGAACGCACACCCUCACCUGAGCCCGUUGACAAGGACUUCUACUCCGAGUUUGGGAACAAGACCACAGGGAAGAUGGAGAACUACGAGCUGAUCCACUCAAGCCGCGUCAAGUUCACCUACCCCAGUGAGGAGGAGAUUGGGGACCUGACGUUCAUUGUGGCCCAGAAGAUGGCCGACCCAGAGAAGACACUGGGCCUCAGCAUCCUGCUGUAUGUGCAGGCCUUCCAGGUGGGCACGCCGCCACCAGGGCAAUGUAGGGGCAUGCUGCGCCCCAAAACACUCCUGCUCACCAGUGCCGAGAUCUUCCUCCUGGAUGAGGACUUCAUCCACUACCCACUGCCCGAGUUUGCCAAAGAACCGCCACAGAGAGACCGGUACCGGCUAGACGAUGGCCGCCGUGUCCGGGACCUGGACCGUGUGCUCAUGGGCUACCAAACCUACCCGCAGGCUCUCACCCUUGUCUUUGAUGAUGUGCAGGGCCAUGACCUCAUGGGCAGUGUCACCCUGGACCACUUCGGGGAGGUGCCAGGUGGCUUAGCCAGAGUGGGCCAGGGCCGUGAGGUCCAGUGGCAGGUGUUUAUCCCCAGCGCCGAGAGCCGCGAGAAGCUCAUCUCACUCCUGGCCCGCCAGUGGGAGGCCCUGUGCGGCCGGGAACUGCCCGUUGAGCUCACCGGCUAGUCCAGGCUGCAGCCAGCCCUUGCUGCCCCCCGUGUCCAGCCUGAUGUCCACUCAGUACGGGGAAGCAGGGUUUCUUUGUUCUUUUUAAGAUGAUUUUCCCCCCCUUUUAGGUACCUUCAUUUGACUGUCCUCCCAGAGAAUGUGAACAUACGUGUUCAGUUGGCUCUUUCUAACUGGGGGAGUGCAAGUGUCGGCCCCGCCCGGGCCUCCGUGUACCAUUAGCCUUCUGUGGCUCUGUCGCCUGCCCCUGGUGCAGCAUGGUCGGGCACAGCAGUGUCUUGUCUCCUGUUGUAGAACUAUUGUUAAUACGUGACGUCAUGGGUCUUAACUAUUUUACGCAUCAGGACGCGUAAUGUCAAGUCGUCGUCUUGCUGUCCCUGUGAGCAGUUGCUGCUAAUCAUGAAGCUGGCGGCAGAAUGCAUAUCGGAAGUUCCCCCCCCCCGCCCCCGUGCAGUUUUCCAAAGUGGAGGCUUCUCCUGGUCCAGACACGUGGGAGAGCCCUGUCGGGGGCAGGAGUCCCCCAGGCCUUGAGGCGGAGAGGGGUGGGGGCAGGGGACCUAGAGCUGCCAGCACCAAGUGUGAAGUCCUGUUGCCUAUUUUCUCUAUUCCAAUAAAGUAGAGUUUGACACAA